AUGAUCUUUGGACCGAUUGUAUUCGCCGACACUGUCAACAGGGAGACAAGCGAGCAUAAGUUGCUGAUAUCUAAACAAGCUUACUUUCCGGAUUAUUAUCCCCCUUAUGCCUUGGGUAACGUAUACGCUUUGCCCACAACCCUGACGAAGAGAAUGCUGGAGGUGGCCGAGUACUUUCCCUACAUCAGCGUGGAGGAUGCCUUCAUUACGGGCAUUCUGGCGAAAGUGUUCGAUGCCCGACACAUCAACAUUCCCGAGAGGCUGUUCGACCGCAAGCCGGACAGUAAACCGGAAUUAUGCGAUUUUGUUUUCAGGCGGAAGAUGGCGGCAAAAGUGACACCCAUGCUGGCGCGAAAUUUAUGGAGAAGAAUAGAAAAAUCAGAAAUGUGUGGUUUGUUUCAGAACCCUGACUGA